AUGGCAGCAGGGAGGUUUUACCCAGCAGCACAAACCACAGCAAGGGCUGAGGUUUGCUCUUUCCACGAUUCCAGCCCCUGGGAAGAGCCCACCUGCAGCUCCUUCCCUCUCCUCUCCAUUUGCAGGUCGCUGCUUCCAAGGAUCCAGUGGCAGAUGGAACCUGCAGCAGCGAUGCUGAGCUUGGUUGUGGCUCUGGUGGGAACAUGCACCUUGGGGAGCGCCCAGAGGAGCAUCUCGUGGGAGGUGCAGCGCUACGAUGGCUGGUACAACAACCUGCUGCACCACAGCCACGGCUCUGUGGGAGCCAGGCUGCUGCGUCUGCUGCCAGCGCGCUUCGCGGACGGCGUGUACCAGGCGCUGCAGGAGCCGCGCGUGCCCAACGCGCGCCGGCUGAGCACCGCGCUGGCACGGGGCCCCUCGGGGCUGCCCUCCCGCAGGAACACCACCGUGCUGGCCGUCUUCUUUGGUUUCCACGUGCUCUUGGACAUCCUGGAGACAGAGAAGCCCGGCUGCCCUGCUGAGUUCCUCAACAUCCACAUCCCCUCUGGAGACGCCGUGUUUGACCCUGCUGGCACUGGAGACGUGGUCCUGCCCUUCCAGCGCGUCCGCUGGGCAGCAGAGACAGGCCAGAGCCCCAACAGCCCCCGGGAGCAGACCAACGGGAUGACGGGCUGGCUGGAUGGCAGCUCCAUCUACGGCCCCUCUCACUCCUGGAGCGAUGCCCUGCGGAGCUUCCAGGGGGGCCAGCUGGCAGCAGGGCCCAGCGGGAGCCUCCCGAGGCACACGGACGGGAGGGUGCCCAUGUGGAAGGCUCUGGAUCCAGCCACGGGACAGGGCGGUCCCCAAGGGAUCUACGACCUGGGGAGUGCCUGGGGGAAUGAGAGCCCCUUCCUGCAGGCUGAGAGCAUCGCCUGGUUCCGCUACCACAACCACGUGGCCGCAGCCCUGGCCCAGCUGCAUCCUGCCUGGUCCGACGAGGAUCUCUUCCAGCACGCUCGCAAGAGGGUCAUCGCCACCUUCCAGAGCAUCGUUCUGUACGAGUGGCUGCCGACCCUGCUGGGCACGCGGGUCCCCGAGUACCCAGGUUACCAGCAGCACCUGGACCCCAGCCUCUCUCCUGAAUUUGUGGCAGCUGCCAGGCAGUUCCUGGCCACCAUGGUGCCUCCAGGAGUUUACAAGAGGGACACCAGGUGCAGGUUCCAGAACGUGUCUGCCUCGGGUGCCUCGUUCCCAGCAGUGCGGCUCUGCAACAGCUACUGGAGCAGAGAGAGCCCCGGGCUGCAGCAGGCAGAAGCUGUGGACGAGCUCCUGCUGGGGAUGAGCUCUCAGAUCGCAGAGCGGGAGGACAACGUUGUGGUGGAGGACCUGCAAGAUUACUGGUACGGGCCCCUGAGGUACUCCCGCACUGACUACGUGGCCAGCUGGAUCCAGCGUGGCAGGGACUUUGGCCUGCCCACCUAUAACCAAGCCCGGCAGCGUUUUGGGUUGGAACCUCUCCAGAACUGGUCAAGCCUUGCCCCACACCUGGAGCCACAGGUCCUGCAGAAGGUUGCUGCCCUGUAUGGCAACAACCUGGCUGGGCUGGAGCUGCUCCCUGGAGGCAUGCUGGAGGCUGAUGGCUCCCUCUUCUCUACCAUCAUCCUGGAACAGUUCCUGCGCCUGCGUGAUGGCGACAGGUUUUGGUUCGAAAACACCAAGAAUGGGCUGUUCACAGAGGAGGAGAUCAGGGAGAUCCGGAACACCACCUUUCACAGCGUGCUGGCUUCUGUCACCUCUGCCAGACCCACAGACCUCCAGCCCCACGUGUUCAUCUGGAGACAGGGGGACCCGUGCCCCCAGCCCCAGCAGCUGACAGCUCAACUCCUGGCCAACUGCACGCCCAUGGUGGUGCUGGACUACUUCGCAGGCAGUGGCGCAGGCUUCGGGAUCAUCAUCGUUGCCCUCUGCUGCCUGCCCCUGGUGACUCUGUUUGUGGCCUGGGUGGUUGCUGCUCUCCGCAGGAGAGAUUUCCAGAAGCUGCAGAGGAAGCAGGGCACCAGCGUGCGCAGGGAGGUGUCUGGUGAGGCUGUACAUGCCAUGGAGUGGCACGGGCCCAAGACAGACAGCUGUCCUGUCUACAUUCAGCUGCAAGCUGACAAAGUGCUCAAAGUGCUGGACAGCAGAGGAUCUGUGCUCCGCAGCAUCAACCUGAAAGCCCAGCCAAGAGUGGAGGUGAUCCUCUCCAACAACAAAGGCAACAAAGCUCUGCUCCUGAAGAGCCCCAAGGAGUACGACCUGGUGCUGCUCUUCAAUGAGGAGGCCGAGAGGAGCAUCUUUGUUGGGAAGCUCAGAGAUUACUUGAAGGAGAGCAGAUUUGACCUGCAUCUGUCUGAGAUGAAGGAGCAGAGCCUGAUGAAACGGGCAGUCACCCAGGAGCAGAGAAAACAAAUUCUAGAGACUUUCUUCAGGCACCUGUUUGCUCAGGUGCUGGAAAUCGACAGAUCCGAUGCCGGGGAGCUCAGCUUUGAAUCUUCACAGAAGGCAAGGGAGUCUCUUACCUGUGAGCUGAGCAGGGCUGAGUUUGCUGAAGCCCUGGGGCUCAAAGAGCACUCCAUGUUCGUGGAGUCCAUGUUCUCCCUGGCUGACAAGGAUGGCAAUGGCUACAUCUCCUUUCGGGAGUUCCUGGACAUCUUGGUGGUCUUCAUGAAAGGGUCUCCAGAGGAAAAAUCUAAGGUGAUGUUCAGGAUGUAUGACAUUGAUGAGAAUGGGUUCCUCUCCAAGGAGGAGUUUCUGAGGAUGCUCAGGUCCUUCAUUGAGAUCUCCAACAACUGCCUGUCAAGAGAGCAGGCAGAGCAGGUGACUGAGUCCAUGUUCCGGGCCUCGGGCUUCCAGGACCGGGAUGAGCUGACAUGGGAGAAUUUCCAUUACAUGCUGCGGGACCACGACAGCGAGCUGCGGCUCACCCAGCUCUGCGUCAAAGGAAUCCCUGAGGUCUCCAAGCAGAAUCUGCACAACUGUGUCUCCUUCAUAAAAAAGAAUGAGCCAAAAGGAACCAUCUUAGAGGAGAAGAAAGACCCAAAUCUGGACCCUGUGAGUCACUACAUGGAGCGAAAAGGUCAAGAACUGAGGAAGAGACCAGGAAGAAAGGCCAACCAGUACCAGCUGCGUCUGUACACGGAAGCGCGACGGACGAAGUACGAGAGGAACAGAGUGCAGCAGAAGAUCCAGGAGUUCAAGCGCUUCGUUGAGAACUACCGGCGCCACAUCGUCUGUGUCAUCCUCUUCUCUGCCAUCACUGCUGGUGUCUUUGCUGAGAGAGCCUACUACUACGCCUUCGCAUCCCCCAGCACUGGAAUUGCACAGACCACCUUCGUGGGGAUCAUCAUCUCCCGGGGAUCUGCUGCCUCCAUCUCCUUCAUGUACUCCUACAUCCUGCUCACCAUGUGCCGCAACCUCAUCACCGUCCUGCGGGAGACCUUCCUCAAUCACUACAUCCCCUUCGACGCCGCCGUCGACUUCCACCGCUGGAUUGCCAUGGCAGCCCUGAUUUUCUCAGUGCUCCACACUGCGGGUCACGUAGUGAACGUCUACAUCUUCUCAGUCACACCCCUCAGUGUGCUGUCCUGCCUUUUCUCCACUGUCUUUACAAAUGAUGGGUCACAGCUCCCACAGAAGUAUUACUGGUGGUUCUUCCAAACUAUUCCAGGCAUGACAGGAGUGCUGCUGCUCGUGGUCCUUGCUGUGAUGUACGUGUUUGCCACACGCCACUUCCGGCGUGUCAGCUUCCAGGGAUUUUGGAUCACUCACCACCUCUACGUGCUGCUCUACAUCCUGGUCAUCAUCCAUGGCAGCUAUGCACUGAUCCAGCAGCCCCGUUUCUACAUCUACUUCAUCAUCCCAGCUCUCAUCUACAGCGCAGACAAGCUGUACAGCCUGAGCAGGAAGAAGGUGGAGAUCAGUGUGGUGAAAGCCGAGCUCCUGCCCUCAGGUGUCACCCACCUGCAGUUCCAGCGGCCACAGGACUUUGACUACAAGUCCGGGCAGUGGGUGCGCAUCGCCUGUGUGGGGCUGGGCACCACGGAGUACCACCCGUUCACGCUGACCUCGGCCCCGCCGCUGAGCCUGCACAUCCGCGCCGUCGGGCCCUGGACCACCCGCCUCCGCGAGCUCUACUCUCCCAAGAGCCUGGCCCUCCUCGGCACGCUGCCCAAGCUCUACCUGGACGGGCCCUUUGGGGAGGGCCACCAGGAGUGGAACAAGUUUGAGGUGUCAGUGUUGGUGGGAGGAGGCAUCGGGGUGACUCCCUUCGCAUCCAUUCUCAAGGACCUGGUCUUCAAGUCAUCCAUAAACUCCAAGCUGCUGUGUAAGAAGAUCUACUUCAUCUGGGUGACGCGCACGCAGCGGCAGUUUGAGUGGCUGACGGACAUCAUCCGGGAGGUGGAGGAAUCAGACAAGAACGGCCUGGUCUCUGUGCACAUCUACAUCACACAGCUGGCCGAGAAGUUCGAUCUGCGCACCACCAUGCUGUACAUCUGUGAGCGGCACUUCCAGAAGGUGCUGAACAAGAGCCUGUUCACGGGGCUGCGCUCCAUCACCCACUUUGGGCGCCCUCCCUUCGUGCCCUUUUUCAGCUCGCUGCAGGAGGUGCACCCUGAGGUGCAGAAGAUCGGCGUGUUCAGCUGUGGCCCGCCCGGGAUGACAAAGAGUGUGGAGCAGGCGUGCCGGCACAUGAACAGGAAGGACCAGACCUACUUUGCACAUCACUAUGAGAAUUUCUGA